UGAAUUAUAAAGCUUUUUUUCAAAUUUUGGAAUAUUUGUAUUAUACUUAACCAGCUGAGCAUCCCUAAUCUGAACAUCUAAAAUCCAAAAUGCUCCAGUGAGCAUUUCCUUUGAGUGUCAUGGUGGUGCUCAGAAAGUUUCAGAUCUUGGAGCAUUUUGGAUUUCAGGUUUUCAGAUUAGGGAUAAUCAACCUGUUAAUACAGGGACUUUGGCAUCCUUGGAUUUGGGUAUGUUAGGCUGAGGGGAGUGGAUCCUGGAAUGAGUUGCCUGCAGAUACCAAGGAAAGAGCCAAAGAAUCAUUAAACAGGAUAGAAUUUCUGUCUUCAGACCAGGUGCGAUGGCUCAUGCUUAUACUCCUAAGGAUUAUAAGGGAGGAUUAUAAUUGCUUGAGCUCAGGAGUUGGAGACUAGCCUGAGUGAAAGCGAGAUCUCGUCUCUACUAAAAGAAAAAUUAGCCAGGUGUCAUGGUGUGCACCUCAAGUUCCAGGUAUUCUAGAGCAAUGAUUUUCAACACGUGUGUCAUGGCAGGAUCUUAGGUAUGCCGUGAAAAACUUUUUAAAGGUCGUUAUUAAAUUAUGUUCAAAAGAAGCUCAAAGCACAGUAAGUAUAUUCUCUUUUUGCUCUUUUAUUUGAUCAACAUAAUUUAAGUGUGCUGCCAAAGUUUAACUGUAGGUUCGAGUGUGCUGUGAAAAGGUUGAAAAACACUGCUCUAGAGGCUAAGACAAGAGGAUCAGUUGAGCCCAGGAAUUUGAUGUUGCAAUGAGUUAUAUUGAUGCCACUGUACUCUAGCCAGGGCAACAGAGUGAGACUGUCUCAGAAAAAUAAUUUAUGUCUUCAGAAAAUAUAUCUUUUAGCCAGACAUUGUGGUGCAUACCUAUAGUUCCAGCUACUAAAGAUGCUGAGGCAGGAGGCUUACUUGAGCCCAAGAAUUUGAGGCUACAGUGAGCUAUGAUCAUACCACUAUACUCUACCCCAGGUGACAGAGUGCAACCCAAUCUCUAAUAAAAAAUUAUAGAUAGCUGGCUCGGCACCUGUAGCUCAAGCAGCUAGGGCAUCAGCCACAUACAGGAGAGCUGCGGGGUGGGGUUGGCUGGGAGGGGGUUCGAAUCCAGCCCAGGCUCACCAAGCAACAAUGACAACUAUAACCAAAAAAUAGCCAGGCAUUGUGGUGGGCACCUGUAGUCCCAGCUACUUGGGAGGCUGAGGCAAGAGUUUGAGGUUGCCACAAAACUUAAGCCGAAGAGUUUGAGGAUGCUGUGACGCAGUACUCUACCCAGGGUGACACCUUUUGUUUUGUCUGAAAAAAAAAGAAAAGAAAAAAUAGAUAAAUAGAAGUUAUCUCACUGGGUAGGUAAGACUUAAAAGGAAUGAAUAAAGAUUUGGAGAUACUGGUCAUUAUGAUGGAUAAUCAUGAUUGUUUUCUUCCAAAACAGAUUUAUUCUCAUAGAAGAGCAGCAAGGACAGAUGUAGAAUCAGGCUCAGUCCCAAGGAGGGGCUUUUUUGAAUUUCUGCAUAGGAGAUGCUCAUCGCAGAGUGAAAGCCAGGAGGGCUUUUACUGGUUAAGGCAUCCACUUUGGCUUAGGGAUAUGUACAGACCUCUCAAUGCCACACGCAAGAAAAACAUGGCCCAGAAGCUUCACGACAAGGAGUCUUCUGAUGAGGAAGAGAUUUACAAGAAGGAUGCAGGGUAAAUGACUGGGAACAAUUUAAAAUCUCAUCUA